GACUUAUUUUGAGAAAAAUAUUGUUUGGGGCCUAAUAGUGAAAAUUCUCAAACUUGAGGGACUUAAAAGAGAAAAGAAUUGGAUAAGGAUGGGCUGAUUUUUUUUCCUUCUUUCUUUCUUCUUCAGCCCGCGUGUUCUACUCAUUCUUCUUCUCCCCUGCACCGAACAAGAGCCCCAGCCAUCGACACAGCACCCACCCUCAAGAAACGGUAAGAGAGCUUGAUUUUUCCUUUCUUUUCUUGUUCAAGAACAAGAUUUGGAGCCUUGAAACCUCCCCCCUGCAGAGAAAUUCAGGAUCUGCUCUGCUCUGUUACUUCUAUUUCUAUCCACUGCUCUUCAUUGUGUGGGUGUGAAUUCUUCAAAUUUUUGGAUUCCCCUAAAUUUCCCAGCACUUCCCGCCGGCUCUCCCCCAAACCUGCCAGCUCCGGCCUUACUUGCUGAACUUUUGGUGCUGUUAUGGCUUAGAGCACUUGGAUUGAGUCCUUGGUUUUAUGCGAUUUGAGGAAAUGAAGUUAAGGACAGGGAAAAAUGAGGGGAGUGACGAGUUAGAAGGCUAGCCAUCUUGUAAAUUGAACAUAGAUUUUAGAUAUAAAUCAUGAUCUUGUAAGCUAGACUUUAUUUGGAGAUUUUAUGAUAUUGGAGCAAAUUUUAUAAUUUUAUCUUCAGAUUUUGUGGUAUCAGAGUGUGUUAUGUGAUGGGAAUCAAGACGACAGCAUAUUUACCACGUCAUGUGAUCCAUUACACACCCAAGGAGGUCCAGUCACGUGAGUUAGAACUAAGAAGAUGCGUGAAGCUUUAAAUGGCCUUAUUGAGCAGAUCUGGGUUGAAAACAACAUACAACAAGCAAAUCAAAGCUUGGAUGAUUAUCAAGCCAUGAUAAACAUCAUUCAGGUUUAAGAGAAGCUUAAUUGAGGUCAUUUAUGCUAAAUUACACAGUUUGCGUCAAUCUCGCAAUUCUGUCGCAAUUUGUAACAAACUGAUAUUUCAUGU